GUCGGGGCGUAUGGGUAUGGAAAUAAAUGGUAUGACUUGUUCGUUAUUUUUUUGAAAGAAAGAAGAAUGGUUGAAUAUGUGGGGAUUGUUAAUGAGCUUGGGUAUACUAGGGGUUUCUUGGGGGGUUUUUUUUUAAAUAUGCUACUACGUGCAUGA